AUGUCUUCAAAGGUUCACAAUGUUGGAAUUAUCAUGAACGGUGUCACUGGUCGCAUGGGGACGAACCAGCACCUUAUUCGAUCCAUCUGCGCCAUCCGAAACGAGGGCGGAAUUACCACCGCUGACGGCGAUAUCAUCAUGCCAGACCCCAUAUUAGUGGGCAGGAACCUGACAAAGCUCCAAGCUCUCGCAAAGACUCACGGAAUUGAGCGAGUGACAACCGAUUUAGACGCUGCGCUGGCCGAUCCGCAAAACACGGUGUACUUUGAUGCUCAAGUCACAUCUUUACGGCACGAUGCAGUCAAAAGAGCAGUUGCAGCAGGCAAGCAUGUUUAUUGUGAAAAGCCGACUGCCGUGACAACAGACCAGGCACUCGAAUUAUCUCAGAUUGCAGAGCGGGCGGGAGUGAAGAAUGGCGUUGUCCAGGACAAGCUUUGGCUACCUGGCCUUGUAAAGCUCAGAGCCCUCGUUGAUAGUGGAUUUUUCGGCGAAAUCUUGUCUGUUCGUGGCGAAUUUGGAUACUGGAUCUUUGACGGGGAGCAUGUUGUCGCGCAGCGACCUAGUUGGAAUUAUCGAAAGGAAGAUGGCGGAGGGAUAAUUUCGGAUAUGUUUUGUCACUGGCAUUAUGUUAUCAACACGCUUUUUGGCGAAAUUAAGUCUGUGUCUUGUCUCGGUGCGACUCAUAUCAAGGAACGACGCGAUGAGCAAGGCGAGGCAUAUAAAUGCACUGCUGACGACAGUGCUUAUGCGACGUUCGAAUUGAUGAAUGGGAUUAUUGUGCAAUUCAAUUGUUCUUGGGCGGUUCGAGUGCGUCGGGAUGAUCUUCUCACUAUACAGGUGGAUGGAACGAAGGGGAGUGCUGUGGCGGGUCUGCGGGAUUGUGUGGUGCAGCAUGAAAGCGUGACGCCGCGGCCGGUUUGGAAUCCUGAUGUUGCUGGUACAAUUGACUACAAAGAUGGCUGGAGCAAAGUUCCUGACCGAGAAAUGCUCGAUAAUGCCUUUAAGGCCCAGUGGCAGAUGUUCCUUCGGCACGUUGUCAAGGAUGAAAAAUGGCAGUACAGUCUAUUGGAAGGGGCAAAGGGUCUUCAAUUGGCAGAGAAGGCCAUGGAGAGUUGGGAGAAGCGUCGUUGGAUUGAUGUCUCUCGGUUGGCAUGA